AUUUAUUAAACAAAAUUUAUUGUAAAUUACUCAAAAUUAUUACAAAAAUCAACUCUAUAUAUUAGGCCAAACAGAAUUCAGUCAAAUGUGUUGAAUUUUAUUUUUAAUUUUCCUAUCUAUUUUCAAUUAUUUCAAAUUUUCGAUGUACGCCAAGGAAAAUUAAUUAUUCUUCUUUAAUUAUUUUUCAGAAUAUAAUCGAAUAAACUGUCGAUUUUGAAAUAAAAUAUUCGAGUGCUUUUUACUAAUUGAUUCUAAUAAAUAUUCCUUAGACUGACGUUAAAAAGGCCACAAUAAUUGAGCAUUUGGGGCUGGAAAGCUCCACUCUGACUGAUACCCACGCUUUAUACUACCAUCAUGCAGACAGGACUUUAAGCUACUCCAAUCCAAUAAAUACUCUAGUUAGAGAAAUUAUAUAGACGUUAUAUAUAAAUAUGUAAUUUAUAAUAAGUGUAUCUAUACUUUAUACAACGCCAAUUCUUGCUUGGAUUUCGAACUAUUCAUGUUACAUUGACACAUCGCGUUGACAUUACUUUCACAAUAAAAACUAAUAUAAGUUACAAAGGUUUCAUUCAUUUCCGAAACAAAAAUCUGUUUUCUAUAGAAGUUGUUUUAUGCUGACAAAACUCAUAUGCCAUUCAAUUUGUUCUUUGAUAGUUUCUUUUUAGAGUAUAUAUAAGUCAAAUGCUGCUCUAUCACUAUUUUCAUUAGAGUAACCUAGUAACGUCACCGAGAAAAAUAGUAGAAAAACAGAUACAAAUUUCAAUUACAUUAUUUUCUUCAAAGCUUUUCUUAGUUAUACAAAUUGUAAAACACGAAUGUAAAGCAUUUCAAAUUUAUGAAGAACAAAAAUACAGAAAAAAGUUAAGACCAGCAGUUAUCCUAUAUCUACCUCAAUAUAUCAGAAACACAAGUGCUAAUAAUUUCACACAAUAAUUAGACUAGUUGCAAAUAUUUUAUUCUAACUUGUAAUUCAGAUUGUACUGUGAGCGAUUUUAAAUAUCACUUCAAGUAGAUAUUUUUGAAAUGAUUAUAUAAAAAUUUCUAAAGAGCUGAAAAAUAAUGGGUAAAACUGGCUCUGUUCUGUAUAAAAGUGGACGUCACUGAUAAUACGUCAGCGAGCUAAUCUCUGAACACGUCUUAGGAAUUGUCAACUUUUACAGCUGGGUGUUGAGGUGCAAAUGAAACUACGUUGGUGUAAACAGUGCAGCGCCCGUUCUUUUGUCUCCAAUGGUAUAAUCCACAUGCGUUUCACUUUAUACACCGACUUCAUAAUAAAAAUUUUAUCCGAAUGCUUGUUAACACAUAGUCACUGCAAUGAAUGAUUAAGCGUAGACUUCUCGCAGUGAUGAGUUGUAAAUGCGUACUACGGCAGGAAUAACGAUAUGGCCUUGACGCGCGUUUCGCGUCGAUUCAUGGUCAAUUGGUCUAUGCUGCUCAAGUACACGGUAUCUCGCUAGUUUUCCGCUCAGUGCUCUAAUACCACAUUUCACGUUUGUGUCUGUAUAUUAGUGCAUUACUAACUCCAACAAGCCCGCGAAUCAUUCGUUUAGUAGAUAUCUUACGCUUGCAACGGCAAGUCACGCUUGUAAUAGAGAUAAUUCAUUAUCUAUCUACAUUCUACUCACGCAAGUUUUGUUACAAUUAUUACCCGAUUCAUUUUUAACGUAACUGCAUGAAAAUGUCAUCUUCGAAUGAUGGAAAGCAAUUGGAUCAUAUUAAAAAUAUUCUGACGUUCGACGAGAUCACCGAAAUUGCCAAAAAUAUUACCAACGAUAAAUCUGUUCAAGUUUUGAACUGUAAUUUAAAUGAUUUAACAAAUGAGAAAUUAGGUUUCACAGGAACUCAUCACAUUUUAACGAUAAUCGUGCAGAAGCCCAAUGCAAAAAAACGUGAAACCAUAAGCGCCUUUGUCAAGAUUGCAUCUUUAGAUUUAGAAGGUUUUGAUGAAAGUAUUGAUAUCAAUAGUUUCAUUACAGGUAGAGAGUCUUUUCUUCUAAAUACGCUAGUUUCUCAAUUUGAAAAAGAUUGCAAAAGUGAAAAGUGGUGUCCGAUACAUUACUAUACAUCGAAAAAUGCAGUAAUAAUGGAAAAUUUAAAGUGGCACGGGUACAGAAUAAUUGAAGAGUUUAUUGAUGAUCAAAAAGUUUUAAAAUCUGUUUUGGCUUCUCUUGCCCGAUUUCAUAGUUGCUCGAUACUUACGGAGACCCGUAUGAGCCAAGAGAUGAAGCGGCCAAUAUCACUAAAUGAACAUUACAAGGACAAAUUUCAAGAACUGGUGUUUAUAAAAACUGGUGAAGCAUCUUCUUGGUUUGAAUCUGUUACCAAGUUGACAUGCGCUCUAGCCGAACACUUUGGCUUCGAUUCAGUCAAAGUUCGUGAACUUUUUGAUCGUGCCUGUGACAUUAUUAAACCUUCAGAAAUCCAUCGCAACGUCGUAUGUCACGGCGAUAUUCAUUCAAAAAAUUUGAUGUUCGCUGAUAACUCACCUCUACUCAAGUGCAUUCUCAUCGAUUUCCAGACCUACAGAUAUGCACCCAUGGUAACAGAUAUUUUGGAAUUUUUACAUAAUAAUACUACAUCAAAAUUUCGGGAAGAACAUGAAGCAAGUUUGGUAGAAUUUUAUCACUCAAUUUUGGUAGAUACAAUCAAAAGUAAUGAUUCUACAAAUAAUGUUAAAAUACCAAGUUUGGAAGAUAUUUUUACUGGGAUGAAAGAUUUGAGACUCUUUGGUCUCGUUAUUGCUUGUAUUUAUUAUCCUAUUUUGUUUUUAGAUCCCGAACUUUUGAAAAAACAUGCUCGGGAUGCUGAAUUCAAUAAAAACCUUGUUAGUGGCGAUAGAAUAGAAUUGACCUUUUCUCAAAUGGAAGUUAAUCCAUUUUACAAAAGUAAAAUAGAAGAAGCUAUUCGCGAGCUAAUCGAAAAGGGAGCAUAAGAAAAUAAUAUAUAUGUAUAAUUUUUUCUAAAACAAAACAUUUUUAUAAUAUCUACUUUUUCCAAAAAAUUUUUAAUUUUUUCUACAUUCUAACAAAAUAUUUCACUAUGAUAAUAAAUACUCUGCUUGGAUAAGUAUCUAAGUAACGCAAUUUUUGUUAAUAUUUUUUUUAAUUUCUUCGUAUGUUGGUGACUGCACAGAAUUUUACUGAUAAAUAGUUCGUAUUAUCGUCACGUAAAUGAUAUCAUCGGUACCUGAAGAAUUUGGUUUUUCUUAAUCUUCGUUAUCGAAUACUGAUAACUCAGAGCGUUAUAUAACAGUGUGUAAAAAGAGUUAGCACAAAGAGUAUUGCACUUUUUGAAAUUAUAAACAUGUCGAUCAACGGCACCGAAAAUCACGGAGUUAAUGAUGACAGUGAAAGUAAAGUUUUAACACCCGAAGAAGUGGUCAGUCUGGCGCAGAAAAUCGCCAAUGAUCCGUCAGUUCGAGUGUUAGAUUAUUGCAUUGAUGAUUACUCUAAGGAAAAAAUAGGCUUCACUGGCACUCACAAUAGUUUGAAAUUAACCUUUCAGGUAAUUUGAAAGAAUAAUCUUAUAAGCACUCUAAGUUUGAUUCAACAAACACAUACUUUAAUUUUUCGCAACUUAUAAAACUAGUUUUUAUGUAUAAGUUUAACAGGCUGUAUUAAUAAAUCACGUAAGCAGUUGCGCGAUAACUUUUGUUAAUGAAGGACAAAAUGUGACUCUACAUAGUAAACAAUAUUUACGAAUGAUUUUGCGAGACUGUGCUGUAUUUCUGUUGGCAUCUUUCAGGCGUAUAACGAUUACAAAGAAACAGUUUUAGUUUUUCGUUAUCCACUAUUCGUUAUUUAACCAUUGUAACAUUUCUUUUAUUAAUCACUUCAUUAAUUUUUUAUGAAACUAAUUUUUUCAAUACUUCUCUAUAUUUUUAAAAUUUUUAUAAAAAACAUAAGAAAUAAAUAUCAAGCAUAAGAUUACGAGUUUCUUCCGAAUGUUUCAAACAGGUAAAUUAUGUAGACUAAAAUAAACUUUUGUAAUAUGUAAAAAGAUGGUCAUGUUUUUACUGUAAAUAAUGUUUCUGAAAGAAAUUUUUAAAUUUAUGUAAAUCCGAUAAAAAUUAAAAUGAAAAUUAUGGAAAAGCGUCAUUUUUGUAAUUAGUUCAAUGUAUCAAUGAUUAUAUAUGCAUAUGUCUGCAAAUUUUACAAAUAAAUUUGUCCAAU